AGAGGCCGCUCUUCCUAGGUUUGGGUUCCCUUCUCCGUGUAACGUGCGGCCUUUGGUAUCAACCCUCCUCUACCAGCUUAGGCUGCAUGGGGAGGGGGCGGGCUCCCGCUAUCCUGCUCGGCGGAGGGUUUCUCUCCCAUCUUCGGGGACAUUUUCCUUCGGGUGCGGAAGAGAGAGGGAAGAGCCUGAGUGUCUAUCCAAGCGGAGGUUUCUCGAGGUGCAAUUUCCCGGGGUAUUUGUGGGGAGAGAACGAAUUCGCCCCCUGCUCUCAGGCCGCUCUGCUCCUGUCGUUUCUUUGGAUGCCGGCGCUGUUGCCCGUGGCUUCCCGCCUUCUGUUGCUACCCCGAUCCCUGAUGAUCAUGGCCUCUGGAAGUACCCCGUCCCAGCCCUCGCCGGCCUCGGGCUCCGGCUACGUUCCGGGCUCGGUGUCUGCAGCCUUUGUCACUUGCCCCAACGAGAAGGUCGCCAAGGAGAUCGCCAGGGCUGUGGUGGAGAAGCGCCUAGCAGCCUGCGUCAACCUCAUCCCUCAAAUUACAUCCAUCUAUGAGUGGAAAGGAAAGAUUGAGGAAGACAGUGAGGUGCUGAUGAUGAUUAAAACCCAAAGUUCCUUGGUCCCAGCUUUGACAGAUUUUGUUCGUUCUGUGCAUCCUUAUGAAGUGGCUGAGGUGAUUGCAUUGCCUGUGGAGCAGGGGAACUCCCCAUACCUGCAUUGGGUACGCCAGGUCACAGAGUCAGUUUCUGACUCCAGCACAGUCCUACCAUGAUGGGCUGUGUUCCUGCCAGGAUCCCCUCACCUACUUCAAUGCCCUCUGACUUCCAGAUGAUGACCAGGUCUCCAAUAAAUCCUAUAUUUGGUUCUCUCUG